AUGUCACUCUCCAGCUAUCUCGCCUCCAAAUAUCUCACAGCCGAUACCUCCUCAUCUAGCACCGGCAAGAAACGCAAACGCAAGACCCCAAAGGAAACCACUGGUCUCAUAAUCGCCGACGACGACGCCCUUGGCUGGGCACCCACCACUUCAACAAACAUCGAAGACAACGACACACCCCUGACUAUCUCCAGCGGCUCAGCUGAGUUCCGCAAGGCCAAGAAGAAAGCGUGGAAGACCGUCGGUGUCCCGGCGCUGCAGCCGAGAGAUGAGGACGCAGAGGCCGCAGAUAGGAUAGUUGCGGAGGCGGCAAAAGAGAAUAAUGCUGCGAUGCACGAAGAUGAGGGGCCUGUUAUUGAAGACGAUGGGAUAGUCAAAAUGGGAGAUGGAACACAUGCGGGAUUACAGAGCGCGAAAGCCGUCGCAGCUCAGUUUGAGAAGCGGAAACGAGAGGAAGCACAAGCCUGGGAAAGGGAACAAGCAGCCCUUGGACUUGGGACUGGGAAGGGCGGGAAGAGGAAAGAAGAAGAGACUGUUUAUCGUGACGCUACCGGACGAAGAAUUGAUAUUUCGAUGCGGAGACAGGAGGCGAGACGGGAGGCGGAUGCGAAGGCGCAGAAGGAGAGGGAGGAGCUAGAGGCGCAAAAGGGGGACGUGCAGAGGGCGGCGAAGGAGAAGAGGAGAGAAGAAUUGGAUGAGGCGAGGUUUAUGACCGUUGCGAGGGGGGUGGAUGAUGUCGAGAUGAAUGAUGAGUUGAAGGAGGUGGAGAGGUGGAAUGACCCAGCUGCGCAAUUCCUGAGUAAGAAGACGCCCGGUAAAGGGAAGGGUGGGAAAUGGAGGAAGCAGGUCUAUACAGGUGCGGCGGCGCCGAAUAGGUAUGGCAUUCGUCCUGGGUAUAAAUGGGAUGGUGUUGAUAGAGGGAACGGGUGGGAGGGCGAGAGAUUUAAGGCUCAAAAUAGAGCAGCGAGGAACAAGGAACUGGACUAUGCAUGGCAGGAGGAUACGUAG